AUGUCCGACUCCGAGAACGCCAUUAAUGAAAAAAACUAUGGUAUUGGCCAGGUGAUCUCGUCUGUUCACUCCAUUAGAGACGAAGUGGGGAAUAAUGUCGACAAAGUUGUUGGUUUAGAAUUUUUCGAAAAUGCCAAAGAUGUCACCGAUGAAGAAGUGGAAGCGGAAUUGCGAAAAAUUCGUUUUAAAGUCGAUAUAAGACUCAUGCCGAUCUUGUGUAUCACAUAUACGUUGCAAUUCCUUGACAAAUUGAGUUUGAACUAUGCCUCGGCGUACUCUUUCAAAGAAGAUUUGGGUCUUGUUGGUCAAAGGUAUUCUUGGGUAGCAGCCAUCUUCAAUUUCGGGUACAUGUUCUGGGCAUUUCCUUCCAAUUAUAUUAUCCAGAAAGUUCCAAUUGCAAAGUACACAGGCGCCAUGCUUGUAGUUUGGGCUAUAAUAUUGAUUGGGCACAUCGGUGCAACGAAUUAUGGUGGCAUGUUGGUUCUUCGAUUUAUACUAGGAAUGUUCGAAGCCGGCAUUUCCCCGUCUUGUAUGAUGAUCUGCGGUAUGUUUUAUUCCAGAGAAGACCAGCCUUUCCGUAUGUGCACGUUUUUGAGUUGUAAUGGAAUUGCUACAGUGGUUGGUGCCCUUCUUGGGUUUGGUCUUGGCCAUGUUAACAAUGCUUCAUUAGAAUCCUGGAAAUUGAUUUUCUUGGUCAUUGGUCUUCUCAACUUUGUGUGGGCUAUUGUAUUCUUGUUUCUUACUCCAGAUACUCCAGCUUCUGCCAAGUUUUUAAGCGAAAGAGAAAAGACGAUUCUCAUCAAGCACAUUUCCAAGAACAACCAAGGUGUCAAAGAUCAACGUUUCUUAUGGCCUCAAGCAAGAGAAGCAGCUAUGGACAUCACAGUGUACAUUUAUGGGCUUAUUGGGUUGGGUUGUGGUAUUAUUAACGGUGGAGUUUCCAACUUUCAAUCUGCUUUGAUAGCCGGUUUUGGAUUCACCGGGUUGGCUUCCACAGCUUUGCAAAUGCCUACCGGUGCCAUAGAAUUUAUUGUGGUUUUCACAUGUGGAAUCAUUGCUUUGAAAGUACCAAACACUCGUUGUAUAAUAUUCUGUGGACUUUGUGUGCCUGGCUUGGCUGGGUUGAUUGGCAUACACUUGAUUCACGACAAUAGAUGGGCGCUGGUUGGUUGUACUUGGCUCCAGUACCUCAUUGGAGGUCCUGUUAUCUUGUGCUGGAUUUUCAUCACCGCCAAUGUUGGUGGGAAUACGAAAAAAACAGUAACUACUGGUUUUUGGUUUACUCUUUACGCUUCGGGAAACAUCAUUGGUGCCAAUAUUUUUUACACCAGAGAAGCUCCUACCUAUAACAGUGCCAUGAUUGCUUUGAUUACUUGUUAUUCUACAAUGAUCGCAUUGGGCAUAGGUUAUGCUUUCCUCUUAAAGGCUAGAAAUGCCCAGAGAGAUAAAGAGCAAGGAGGGUACUCUGAAGAUAUUCGUCAAGAAGCCAUUAUCAAUGGAUUCAAGGGUAUGACUGAUUUUGAGAACAGGGGGUUCCGGUAUGCCUUAUAG